CCGCCCGCCGUCCGGAGGCAGGCAGGCGGCAUGCAGCGGGCCGCGCUGUUCGGCGGCGGCGACGCGCAGAUGGCGGCCGGGGACCUGGGCGAGCUGCUCGUCCCCUACAUGCCCACCAUCCGCGUGCCCAAGUCCGGGGACCGGGUCUACAAGACGGAGUGUGCCUUCUCCUACGACUCUCCCGAUUCAGAAGGAGGUCUCUAUGUGUGCAUGAACACGUUUCUGGGAUUUGGAAGGGAACACAUUGAAAGGCAUUACCGGAAAACAGGACAGUGUGUAUAUUUGCAUCUGAAACGACAUGUGAUAGAGAAGGUACCAGGGGCAUCUGGUGGAGCUUUACCAAAAAGGAGGAAUGCUAAGCUAUUUUUAGAUCUAGAGGCAAAUGGUGAUCUGAGCAGUGAUGAUUUUGAAUAUGAAGAUGAAGCAAAACUCGUUAUAUUUCCUGAUCACUAUGAAAUUUCAUUACCAAACAUAGAAGAGUUACCAGCACUGGUGACAAUAGCUUCUGAUGCACUCCUCAGUGCAAAAUCACCCUACAGGAAGCAGGACCCUGACUCUUGGGAAGAAGAGCUACAGGCAUCUAAGCAUGCCAAAUCGCUUGUGCAGCUAGACAACGGUGUUAGAAUUCCCCCCAGUGGUUGGAAGUGCUCAAAAUGUGAUCUUCGGGAGAAUCUGUGGCUAAACCUGACAGAUGGUUCAGUGUUGUGCGGGAAGUGGUUCUUUGAUGGUAGUGGAGGGAAUGGUCACGCAAUGGAGCACUACAAGGAGACGGGUUAUCCCCUGGCAGUGAAGUUGGGAACCAUCACUCCUGAUGGAGCAGAUGUCUAUUCCUUUGAUGAAGAGGAGCCGGUUUUAGAUCCACAUAUAGCAAAGCAUCUGGCACACUUUGGGAUUGAUAUGCUACAGAUGCAAGUGGCAGAGAAUGGUCUAAGAGAUAAUGAUAUAAAACCAAGAGUCUCUGAAUGGGAAGUGAUUCAGGAAGCUGGUGUGAAACUCAAGCCCAUGUAUGGCCCAGGAUAUACCGGCAUGAAGAACCUGGGAAAUAGCUGCUACCUCAACGCUGUCAUGCAAGCCAUUUUCAGCAUCCCAGAGUUCCAGCGAGCGUAUGUGGGAAACCUUCCGAGAAUAUUUGACUACUCCCCGCUUGAUCCAACACAAGAUUUCAACACUCAGAUGGCUAAACUGGGACAUGGUCUCCUUUCAGGCCAGUAUUCUAAACCACCCAUGAAAUCUGAGCUUAUUGAACAGGUGAUGAAAGAAGAACACAAGCCUCAACAAAAUGGAAUAUCUCCCCAGAUGUUUAAGGCUUUUAUAAGUAAAGACCACACAGAAUUUUCCUCUAAUAGACAACAAGAUGCACAGGAAUUUUUCCUACAUCUUAUAAAUCUAGUAGAGAGGAAUCCUGUAGGUUCAGAAAACCCCAGUGAUGUUUUCCGUUUCCUGGUGGAAGAGCGCACACAAUGCUGCCAGUCCAGAAAAGUCCGCUACACUGAGAGGGUAGACUAUAUCAUGCAGUUACCUGUUGCCAUGGAGGCGGCAACAAACAAAGAUGAAUUAAUUGCAUAUGAGCUGAAAAGGCGAGAAGCAGAAGCUGCAAGGAGAGCUCCACCAGAACUUGUCCGUGCCAAGAUCCCAUUUAGUGCAUGUUUGCAGGCCUUCUCUGAACCAACCAAUGUAGAAGACUUCUGGAGCAGUGCCCUUCAAGCAAAAUCUGCAGGAGUUAAGACUUCUCGUUUUGCUUCAUUUCCUCAGUACUUAGUGGUGCAGAUUAAGAAGUUCACCUUUGGCCUUGACUGGAUACCCAAAAAGCUUGAUGUUUCGAUAGACAUGCCAGAUUUCUUAGAUAUCAGCCACCUUCGAGCCAUGGGCCUCCAGCCAGGAGAAGAGGAACUUCCUGACAUUGCUCCUCCCAUUAUCAUUCCCGAAGACCCAAAAGAUCGUAUGAUGAACAAUUUUGUGGAGUCUCUAGAUAUUGAUGAGUCUUCGGUUAUGCAACUGGCAGAGAUGGGUUUUCCUUUGGAAGCAUGUCGGAAAGCUGUGUACUAUACAGGCAACCUGGGUGCUGAAGUGGCUUUCAACUGGAUCAUUGCACAUAUGGAAGAGCCAGACUUUGCUGAGCCAUUGGUUGUACCUGUGUUUGGAGGAGCUGCUUCCAGUGGUGUGGCUGGCUUAGGGGCUGUUGGAUUGGAUAAUCAACCUCCUGAAGAGAUGGUCUCCAUCAUCAUUUCCAUGGGCUUCCAAAGGAGCUUAGCAAUUCAAGCUCUGAAGGCAACAAACAAUAACUUGGAGCGUGCACUGGAAUGGAUCUUCAGCCACCCUGAAUUAGAGGAGGAAGAUGGGGAGCCUGCUUUGAACGUGAUGGAUUUGGAGAACCAUACAAAUGCGAAUAUCCUUGCAGAGGCAAGAUCAGAGGGACCCAGGAUCAAAGAUGGGCCUGGAAGGUACGAGCUGUUUGGGUUCAUCAGCCACAUGGGAACAUCCACAAUGAGUGGUCACUAUGUUUGUCAUCUCAAAAAAGAAGGAAGAUGGGUGAUCUACAAUGACCUUAGAGUCUGUGCCUCAGAACGACCUCCCAAAGAUCUGGGCUACAUCUAUUUUUACCACAGGAUACCAAGUUAGACCUCAAAUGUAUUAUCUGGCCUUAAGAAGCCGUAAGCCUUUUUAACCUGCCAAAA